UUUGAAUGUGAAACUUUUAACAAUUUUAGUAAUUUAUACUCGUUUUUAAAAAUUCAAAAUAUAAUAUAUAAAUAUUUUUUAAAAAAAUUUUUAUUAUAUGGUUACUAUGAUUUAUUAAUUUAUUUUAAUAGCUUAAAAUUAAACAAAUAUAAUUAUAAUACACACUUAUUUUUAUCAAAUCUUUAUUAUUCAAAAUCAUUAAUUGUCAUAUAUACUUUAGUCACAUUAGACAAUUCUGUAAUGUUAGUUAAGGAAAUAAUGAAACACAUUAAUAAUGUAUUUACUGUGGUUUAAUAAAAAGCUUAUUAUAUAUUUAGAUGGACCAACCUAUUUUUCUAAGGAUUCUAAGAAUCAUUCUAAUGAUGACAUGUGGCUACAAAAAAAUGUUGCAAUGCUUCUCAAAUACUAUAUAGGGGAUAUAAAUCAACAGACUAUUUAAGUUUAUUAACUUAUUUUUCUUUGUUUGUUGGUGGUCAAAUUUUCAUUUCUUUGAACAUCUUAUUGAUUAUAACUAGAGGUAAAUCACUUAACAUAAUAGAUUGUUUGAAUUAAAUAGUCAAAGUUGCAAUAAAUAAGUUUUUGUUAUUUCAAUUUUUACUGAGUCUAUUAACUUGCCUUACCGUUAAUGUUAUAAGAAGUUUUAUUAUAAUCCUCUCAUUUCUGUCACAUUUUCUUGUCUCUUCACACCAAUGAAGCCCAACGUGUUAAAGAAACUAUCACUGACAUGGGUUUCACUUCUCUGCAUUUCCUGCUUUUUCCUCGGUGCAAUUUUCACCUCCAGAUUGCGUUUGUCGGAUUCCGGUAGCCAGUUCAUUUUACAGCACCGCCGUGAUCAGGAAGUUAACGUAAUUACGAAAUUGCAUGCUCAUGAGAAAAAAAAAUCAAAAGAAAAACAUGUAAUUGAGAACGUUCUGAGAACCCAUAAAGCAAUAGACAACAGAUCAUUGGAUAAGUCAGUGUCUAUGCUUCAGAAGCAGCUCUCUGUUAAACAGAGCUCUCAACCGAUUGUUGAUGUCUCAACAACAAAUACUUCGACAGAAGGAAACCAAAGGAAGAAAGUUUUCAUGGUGAUUGGUAUCAACACUGCAUUUAGCAGUAGAAAACGUCGUGAAUCUCUUAGAGAGACUUGGAUGCCUCAGGGGGAAAAGCUUGAGAAAUUGGAAAAAGAUAAAGGAAUUGUCAUCAAAUUCAUGAUUGGACACAGUCCGACACCACAUAGUAUAUUGGAUAAGGAAAUUGAUUCAGAAGAUGCUCAAUACAAAGAUUUCUUUAGGCUGGAUCAUGUGGAAGGAUAUUAUAAUCUGUCUGCGAAAACAAAAAGCUUCUUCUCCAGUGCAGUUAGAACGUGGGAUGCUGAGUUUUACGUCAAGAUUGAUGAUGAUGUUCAUGUCAAUCUUGGUAUGCUUGCUUCUACAUUAGGUAUGCACCAUCAUAAGCCGAUGGUCUACAUUGGAUGUAUGAUAUCCGGACCUGUUCUUACUCAAAAGACGUCCAAGUAUCGUGAACCAGAGUUUUGGAAAUUUGGAAAGGAAGGUAAUGAAUAUUUUCGACAUGCUACAGGACAAAUCUAUGCCAUCUCAAAGGAUCUUGCCACAUACAUAUCUAACAACCAGCCAAUUUUACACAAGUAUGCAAAUGAAGAUGUGACACUCGGGUCAUGGUUAAUUGGUCUUGAGGUUGAGCAUAUCGAUGAUCGUAAUUUCUGUUGUGGUACACAUCGAGAUCCAAUGGGCUAAGUCGGCUUCAUGUGGUUACUCUCUUUUUCUUUCUCAUUUUCCAAAGAUUGUGAAAUGAAGGCCGAGGCUGGAGAAGUGUGUGUGGCGUCUUUUGACAGGAAGUGCAAUGGGAUAUGCAAAUCUGUCGAUAGAAUGUGGACCGUUCAUGUGAUGUGUGGAGAAGGUGAUAAAGCCGUGUGGGAUGCAAAUUAUAACUUUCUUAGAUAAGAAAAUGUAAUAAGAGAUGAACAUUUUGUUUUUGUAUAGAACCAAAAGGUAUACAAAUCCGCUUACUUGAGAAUAAUCUGAGCAAAUACCUUUUCGUUCAAUAUGUCUUUUUUGUUCGUGGAAAAAAAAAAUAAAAAUAAAGAAAAAUAGUGAGACUUUUAUACUUGAAUGAGUGGGAUUGCUUAUUAUAUAGUUUUCCCGAUAUGAAAAACCUAUUCUUAAUUGUGAUAGUUUAGAUUGUCAAAAGAAAAUUGUUAUUGUUUAGAAGUAUUUUCCAUAGAUACUUAUGGCUCAAAUGAGCCAUGAGUUUCUACUCUUUAGGUCUCAACAAAGAGAUGCUCUGGUUUAUGUCAAAGAUUUUGUUUUCCUUAUUUUCGUCUAUACUGUCCAAGAUCAUUAUUUGAAAAAAGACAUUAAUCAUAUGUUAUAUUUAUUCAAAGUACUACUGAAAGUUAAUAAAAAUACUAAAAUUUUACGAAGUGUAACUUAUACUAAGAAUACAAUAGUGUCAAGUGUUGUCAGAGCUUCUGUUGUGGGUUUUGCCUCUCAACUUUAAAUUUAAAGCUCAUUUUUAAGGAACUUGUGCUAAAAUCUUAGUUAACAAAAUCAUGAUUCAUUCCGUCAAUUAGUGAUCACCCACACAACAACAAAACAAUGCAAAAAUCAGAUAGGAGAGCAAGAUGCCCAUUCACAUUUAUACUAUGUGUUUUCCUGCAUCAUGUACAGAAAUAAAAGUUUUUAAAAUUUAAAUUAUACAUAAAAUAAAAUUUGUUAAUUUUAUAUUUUAUUAUUUACUUACAAUAUUUAAUUUUAAUUUAAUUAUAAGUAAAAUUUAAUAUAAAAUAAAAUAUUUUUUAAAAAAGUUAUAUUUAAUAAUAUAUAUUUAAAAUUAUAAUCUUGGAAAGAUUUUAAUCUUUUUUGGUUAAAGUAUAUUAAAUUAAAUUCUAUAAAAUUAAGAGAAAAUUUUGUUGUAUCUAAAAUUUGUGGAUAUUAAAAAAAGAAACAAAUGGUAUUGGAAUUAGAAAUUUACAAAACAAAUUUAAAAAAAACUGCAUAAAUUUUGAAGAAUUGUUUUAAUAAUAAAAAUUAUAUAACUAUUCCAAUAAAAUUAAAGUUAACCUUAAAAUUUCAAAACUUCAUGUAAAUUGAAACAAAAUAGUUCUUCUAAAACAUCAUCUAUAUCGAAACAGAGAGAGUACAAAACUGGAGGCCGUAGAUAUUUAGUAAGAACUUCAAUAAAACAAAACUUUUUUAUUUUAUUCAAGUAAAGCUUAAACAUUUAUCUCUUUUUCAAAAGAAAAGCAUCUCAUCUCCUCUUUUUCUUUGUUUUUUUGACUCUGCUCCUCUCCUUCCACCAAGAUGUUUGGUUAAAAACAUGAUAUAUGGCUAAACCUAAAUAUUCGAGAGUGCAAUGUGAUUGGGUACAAGUUUGUAUGAGCGUUUGUAUGAGCAUAAAGUAAAGAACACAUAGAAUUUGUUAAACGGAUUCAUUUCCUACAUCCCGGAACCACGUCCAUAACACAUUUACUUGAUAAGAACACAAACAACGUUGCUCUAUGGUACCAGCACACACCCGUGCCGACCACUCUUAACUUGAUUUAUAAUAAAGAGCAACUACUACUCAUUGUCUUCUCUACAAGUAUAGUUCUGUACAACAAAACUAUCAACAGCUCAACUGUGAGGUAGGAUGACCUCACACACAUCCAUGUAUAUUUUCAAUAGAACCCUAGACGCGUAACCGUUCCUUGUCACCGUCUUGUUCUCUUUAUACUCCAACCGAGUAAACUCUAAGCUCCUCAAGCCCACUAAUCUUAGUUAGGUUUUUUCUUAGAAACAAAUCCACAUAGCUCUUCUUAUAAUGUUUGAAGCCCACGUGAAUCAUUCGUAUUAGUAAGGCUCAAUGCCACAUCAUCACUCUGCACAUACGACACAACUUCGUAUGUCCGUAAGUCCUCGUGCCAUUCUCAUCGAUCAGAUCACACUUUAGUAUUCUUGUGUAAGACAUAACAUUCUAUGUUCUUCAUUCUCCACCUUUUUGUUUGAGUGUGUCAGUUCAAACUCUUCUAGCAACAAUCUCAUAGCAGCAGCUCUCUCUGCAUUAUUGAAUCACAAUCUCUCAUUCUCUCCCUGCUUGAGUGCACACUCAUAUAAAAACCACAAAGCACUUGUAGCUCAGCUCAACAGAACCAUUGCAGAUAUAACUACUAACUCAGAACGCAAAGCUGUAGCAUCCAAAUUCUCGGUUCCUCUUUCAUCUCUGACUUAUACCAGUUGCAGCAAAAACUCAUGAGUUUCAAACUUCUCAAUUAUAACUUCUAAACAGUUUUCUCAUUUCUUCCCAAAGGUUAAUCUUGCUCUGCAUCGUUCUCCUUUUGGUCAAAAUAUUCAGCUUGAAACCAAACGUGAUUACCAAAUGAUUGUGUUUCAAAUCUGUGUCUCACCACUGAAACAACUAAAAGAAUUCUCUAGCUCAUUAUCAAAUUCAAAUACGCCUUGUCUUACCAAAUAUGUAUCUGAUCACACCAGAACACUUUACACAACCUCGCUUUUUUUUUUUUUUUUGUAAUGACAUUCAAGAAAAUGAAUGACAUUCAUCCUCCCCUGCUUGAAUUCAUAUCUAAGAAAAAUUAUCUCUGCUGCACAUGAAUUUCUUUCACCUGAAAUCAUCACAAGCCCAAGCUGAACAAUUUUAUCCAUCAUGAAGUUUAGAUGACAAUCACUUAGAAUCAGCUGUCGCCAAUAGUACAAAAUCAGAGUCCGUGGUACACACAGAACAGCCUCGUUUUGAUGUAGUAGCAAUUCAGAGCAUGUCGUAUUUGUUGAACAGUACAUAUACAUGAUGACUGCUUUAAUCUCUGUCAUUUCUUUUUCAAGAAACCACAUGAAUCACAUAAUUGACUCCUUUUUCACUAUUGCAGUCACAACUGAAUCUUAGAAACCCAAGAGGAUCUGGAUUUUCAAAUGAUAAAUGCCCGUAGAAGUUUGAAUAAGCUCAAACACAACACAAACCAACCGUUGAAUAGCAAGACAGUAGCAUACUGAAGAUCGUCGCAAAGUUUCAGCUCCAUCGGGUUAAUUUUGGAUCCCACACGUUGCCUUGAAAAACCCGUGCAACAGUCUUUGGACCAGUUUUCUUUUCUGUGCCACAGAAUCUGCCAUAGAUGAAAGCUUUAUCCUCUGGCCUAAGAGUUCCAUCAGUUUCCUUGAGACUCAGAAUCUGUCUCACGGCUGAAACAACUAAUAGGCUUCUCUAGCUGCACAGCUUAUUUUUGCAACUUCCGUCAAUGUCUGCUUCCUUUGGAUACAAAUUUCAACUUGAUGCUGUCACAAGCAUUGCCCUAGCCUAUUCUUGUAGUGACAAAAUCAAAGCAACAGCCAACAGGCUUGCCUUCGGAUUAAGUUUUCACGGAUGUUAAGGUAUUCCAUAAGAGUCCUUAAUUCAAUCUUCAUAGACAGCCCUUUCAUUUGAGUUACACUUACACACUGAUGUUCAAACAAUAAUUUGACGAGAAAGAUCUGUCGUUUGUAUUUGAGAACAGUGUUAAUUUAUACAAACCCAUGUAUAUUUGUAAAACAACACGUGAUUGCCAAACAAUAAAAAAGGAAAUUAAGGUAAGGUAAGCCACAGUUUUCAAUAUUAACUAAUGAAACUGUUGAGAAUUUGUUUAAAAUGCUAAUAAUAAGACAAGAAAAAAGAUUUUUUUUUUUUUAAAACUUCUAAAUAUGUAUAUAAUAUAGCUACUUUUACUAUAUAAAUCAAGUAAGAUUAACUCACAAAAAUAAUAUCCUGUUUGUUUGCUCAGAAAAAUAAUACUGGAAAACCAAAAUUUUCUCGUUCAUUUUUGAUGAUAUAUUCAAAACAGAUAAAAGUUAAUUAGUAUUCCUGGAAACAAGUACACCUUAUUCUGCCACGACUUCUCUAAAAU